GGACUUUACAACUGUCCUAUACGGUACAAAGUAUAUGUAAUUCUUCAUAUCUUGACUAUGAAGCAGUCAACACGUGAUUACCCACAGAAUUUUGUAUGCUCAACAUAAAGCAAAACAAAAACGUUGAGCAACACAAACUACCCACGAGUGGAGUUUUGUGCAAGUGCGCGCGCGCAGCGCCGCGCACAACAGCCAAAAGUUUUAAUGGAAUCUCCACAUUAACAUAAGCUGUUCUAGUUCAAUAAUAAUCACGGCAACCAUGUUCAAUCGGGUCUUUGCAUGGCUUGUACGCUUUUUUGUUAGUAGUUUCCUUGUAUGGAUAGUACUCACCACGGUUAUACCGCAGACCGUUACCAAAUAUACACAUCCAGAUGUCCAAGUUGGGCAAUUCCAUAAAUCGUGGUACCCAUACCGGUCGCUUGUUGGUGAUCCUUCCCCCCUCACAAACUCCACCGUGUUGUUUGUGGUGGCACAUCCCGACGACGAGGUGAUGUUCUUCUCUCCGUCGGUUAUCGAGGCCUCGAAGCCUCAAAAUGGGAACUUGGUCCGCUUACUAUGUCUACUGAAUGGAGAUGCUUCUGAUGUUUCUAUGGGGACAAUUCGAGCUGCCGAAUUAAAACUGGCUGCACGUAUACUAGGAAUUCAUACUAAUGACGUUGAAGUUUUGGAAGAUGGUCAAUUCAAGGAUGGUAUGUCCGAAUCAUGGGAUAUAGACCAAGUGGCCGAUACCAUUGAACAGGCUGUUAGCUCAGCCAUAACUACCACCAUGGCCAAAUCCCCUAGUGUCACUACUGUUCGUGCUGCGCGUGAACAAAUUGUAGUUGUUACAUUUGAUUCCCAAGGGGUUUCAAAUCAUCCUAAUCACAUAUCUCUCCAUCAUGGUGCAGUCCAAUGGUACAAGAAGUACCAACGGUCCCAAGUGGAUACCAAACGCCCACGUGGAACAUCUCUAUUGUUCCUUCGCUCGCUUUCAUUUUUUGAAAAAUACCUGUUCACUCUUGUCACCAAUUGUGAGUUAUUCGCGGAACAUGUUUCAAGACUUGUUCUUGGCAACAUCUUCAAACUUAAUGUCAACAUUGCAUUUUUCAGUCGUGCAUCUGCCUCACUGCCGGUCACGUUCUAUUCGGAUUUAAACAUGUUGAGUGUUGCCUACGCAGCCAUGGCCUAUGGCCAUUUUUCUCAAAUGGUCUGGUUCCGUUAUGGUUGGUUAAUCUUCAGUAGGUACUUGACUUUCAACCAAUUAGUUCCUGUAGAAUAGAGCUCCCAUUCAUGAUUAUAUAGACCCUGUGAAAAUCACACAGAAUUCAUUACAGAACUUGUA